AAUAGUUACUCUACAUAAAACAAAAGCAAUCAAUUCACUUUGUGACCUAUACAGACUACAAAGCCACUUCACCAAAAAAAAACGUUACCCCACAAUGAUAAUAUCUCCUUGUAUCCUUGUCCAGCUGCGAAUGGAACCGAAAAGCAAGUCCACGUGAUUCCUUCCUCAUCUUCUUCAAUUAUUAUGCUACAUUAUUACUUUUACUCUAAUUUCUUCCAAAAGAUUAGCAUUUAGCAAGAAGGGUUGCUUUGUUGUUAUCUUCUUAGCUUGAUCUGUGUGUUUUCGUUUUCAUCUAGAUUUCUUCUUGUAUGUUAUCAAGUUACUUGGAGCAACAGCAUGUCUAACAGCCAAUCAAUCUAUAUAUGUAUCUAAAGUUAUCCUUUAAUUUCUAAACAGUUGUUGCUAAUUUGUAGAUUUGGCUUUCUUUUCGAGAGAGAGAUAGAGGACUGGUUAUUCUACAAUAUAUCUGAUCAAGGUCGUGAAUGAUAGAGAACUAUCGAACUCUGAGGCUUUGUCUGUUUGAUUUGUUUCUUUAUUUGCGUCAUAUGAUCACCAGUGUUUUGUGCUCCCGAAGUGUGAUUGUUGCUGAAUAGUGCCGUCGACUCGGCCGAAGUGCAUGUGUUCUCCGCAUUUUAAAAGACUCUUCUGUAGCUCACUGAUUUGCUUAUAGAUAGUAUAAAGUUGUUGCUAAUUUGUAGAUUUGGCUUUCUUUUUGAGAGACAGAGGACUGGUUCUUCUACAAUAUAUCUGAUCCAGGUCGUCAAUAAGGGAGAGAACUAUCAAACUCUGUAGCUUUGUCUAUUUGAUUUGUUUCUUUAUUUGCGUCAUAUGAUCACCAGUGGUUUGUGCUCCCAAAGUGUGAUUGUUUCUGAAUAUAUAGUAGCCAUCGUCUCGGCCGAAGUGUGUUCUCCGCAGUUUAGAAGACUCUUCUGUAGCUCACUGAUUUGCUUAUAGUACAAAGAACGGUCUGUGGCCUCUUAUUAUCUCUGCUUCAAUUGGAGUGUUUCUCCUCCAUUGAAUCAGAGUCUAUCUAGAAGUGUAUGCUUUUCAGACCAGGGUCUUUCCAAUGGAGAUAUUAGCUUCGAUUGUUGGAAACAUUGUUCCUACAAUAGUAGUCGAAUAUUGGAAUUAUUACAGAGAGGCUGAUCAACAUGUGAAGAAUCUGCACAGAAAAUGGGAAUUACUGGAAGGCCGGAAGAAUGACAUAAAAAAAAUAUUGGAUUCAAAACUUCGUCAAGGAAAAAAACCAAAGGACGAAGUUGAAACUUGGCUUCAAAAUGUGGAAACAAUUAAGGGUGACAUAGACAUUGGACAAGAACCUGCCAGAUGGAUGUUUCUCUCACGUAUGCAGAAGGGAGAAUUUGCUUUUAAGAAGACAAAAGAGGUGGAGGAACUUUAUCAAGCGGGUGAUUUCACUGAUGGUUUGGUUCUUGAUCUACCUGAACGCAUUGGUCACAUGAUGCCACCAUCGACCUUAGUGGGAGAAAGCACUGCUCAAAGAACAAAGAAAGAGAUUAUAGCAUGCUUGUUAGAUAAUAAUGUUAGAAAGAUUGGUGUUUAUGGCAUGGGCGGCAUUGGCAAAACGACUGUCAUGAAAGAAGUUAAUAAUUUCUUAUUAAAUGAGUCAAACAGAUUUGAAAGUGUAAUUUGGGUGACUGUAGCAAAGGCUAAUGAUAUUAUCAACCUACAAAAUGAAAUUGCCGGCAAGUUGAAAUUAGGACUCCCAAAAUUUGAGGAUGAAAUAACAGGGGCAGCGGAGUUAUACACAGCAUUGAAAGAUAGGAGGUAUGUGCUAAUCCUAGAUGAUUUGUGGGAAACAUUUGCUCUUGAGAAAGUAGGAAUUCCAGAGCCUACUUCAGCAAAUGAAUGCAAAAUAGUGUUGGCAACUCGAGAUCUUAAUGUUUGUAAAAAAAUGAGUUGUCAAAAGAAUAUCAAAAUGGAGUUGCUAUCAGAAAAGGAGGCACGAGAGUUAUUUUUGCAUAAAAUAGAAAAAGAUGUUUUUAAUUCUCCAGAUUUGAAAGCAAUUGCGGAAGAGGUUCUUCAAACAUGUGCUCGGUUGCCUCUUGCAAUUGUCGUGACAGCUGCAAGCUUCAAAGGCUUAGAUUAUGAGUAUCAGUGGACAGAUGCAUUGGACCAGUUGAGUACAUCAUUAACGGGGUUUGACGAUAUAGUGGAGAAGGUGCGUGCGGUGCUUAAAUUCAGUUAUGUACGAUUGAAAGAAGAGAAACUUAAACAGUGUCUCUUACAUUGUGCAUUAUACCCCGAAGACUUCAUGAUUGACAAAGAAGAGUUGAUAGAUCAUUUGAUUGAUGAGGGAAUUUUUGAAAGAAGAAAGAGUAGGCAAUUAGAGUUUUGUGGGGGCUAUUCUAUAUUGAAAAGACUUGAAAAUGCCUCCUUAUUAGAAGGUGGAAUUGAUGCACAGGAAAAGUUUGUGAAGAUGCAUGAUUUGAUAAGAGACAUGGUGCUCCAGGUUGCAAGUCCUGAGUUUAUGGUAGGUCACUUGGGACGGGAGGAUUUUUCAGACGAAGGUAAUUGGAAUGAGGAUCUUGUAAAGGCUUCUUUGAUGUACAAGGACAUAUCAACAAUCCCUUCUAAUAUAUCACCAAGGUGUCCUAACUUGUCAACCUUGUUGCUGCGAGGUAACCGUUCAUUAAAAAAUGUCCCAGAUUCUUUGUUUGAGCAUUUGCAUGGGCUCAAGGUUCUUGAUCUAUCAGAUACUGGUAUUGAAUCUUUGCCGAAUUCAGUCUUUAGCUUGGAGAAUCUUACCGCAUUAAGGCUUAGAUGGUGUAGAAAAUUAAAACAUGUGGCUUCGUUAGCAAAGCUCACAACAUUGUGGAAGUUAGACCUUGGGAGAACUGGAAUUAAAGAAGUACCUGAUGGUUUAGAAAUGUUGGUCAACUUGACAUACCUUGAUCUGGACGCAGAGGACCUAAAAAUCAUGCCACUUGGGAUUUUACCUAAACUUUCACGUCUCCAGUAUCUUAGAUUUUCUCACAAAGUAACAGUGAAAGGAGAGGAGAUAGAAAGGUUGAAGAAAUUGGAGAAUGUUUGGGUCCGUUUUGAUGACUUGUACGAGUUCUGUAGUUUUAUAAGGUCCUUAAAGAAAGGGGCACUUGCACGUUACAAAAUUCAAGUGGGAAAGUCAGAGAAUGGGUUCGCCUCCUAUAUAAAAUAUGAUGACGUAGAAAAAAGUGUAGUGUUAGAAGAGUGCAAUUUAAGAAGAAGAGGACAUGGGUCCCUUGUGCUACCGGAAGACUUGCAAUUCCUAAAUCUUAAAACAUGUGAGGAUUUUCGAAGUCUGUGCGAUGUUCCAUCUUUGAAGCACGUAAGGGAGUUGAAGGAUAUACAAAUUGGUUCAACCUUCCAACACUAA